CGCGGAGCGGUGCCGAAGGGGCAGUCCCGGAGAGGAUGGCUUCGCCCCGUCGGCGCUGGGGACCCGAGAGCAUUGGGAUGCUGUCUAUGAGAGAGAGCUGCAAACUUUUCAAGAAUAUGGAGAUACAGGAGAAAUCUGGGAGCCAUUAGGGAGGCAGCGCACACCCCUAGCAGCAAGAGUGGUGCUCCCAAGCUCCUUCCCUGGGGAACUACACUCAGCAUCCCAGCAUAAGGCUGCCAUAGCUUUGAACAAUGUCUGUUUGGAGAAGAGAGUAUGAAUCGGCUAAUAAGGUGGAUGCAAAAACGCAAGAUUCCAUUGGAUGCUUCAGUGCUUGAUAUUGGAACUGGAAAUGGUGUUUUCUUGGUUGAACUUGUUGGCAAAAUUUGGUUUCUCUAAUAUUACUGGGAUUGAUUACUCUUCUUCUGCAAUACAGCUUUCGGGAAGUAUUAUAGAGAAAGAGGGUUUAUCUAACAUUAAGUUGAAGGUAGAAGACUUUUUGAAUCUUUCCACAAAGCUGUCUGGAUUUCAUCUUUGUAUUGACAAAGGGACUUUUGAUGCCAUAAGCCUUAAUCCUGACAAUGCGAUUGAGAAGAGGAAGCAGUAUGUGAAGUCCCUCUCUGGGGCGUUGAACGUGAAAGGCUUUUUUCUAAUAACCUCAUGUAAUUGGACCAAGGAAGAGUUGCUAGAUGAAUUCAGUGAAGGAUUUGAACUUUUCGAAGAGCUGCCAACACCCACGUUCAGCUUUGGAGGCAGAUCUGGAAACAGUGUAACAGCAUUGGUUUUCCAGAAAACGUGAGACUUUUCACUGGACAAAUUCAGUUAGCUUUGUUAAGAAGCUCCACAUCAAAGUUAACCUGACACAGAAAAUGCAAGUGCAAAUAAAUGCUUAGUAAGUACACAGGAUGCACAUGUUGAGUAGAUAUAAUGGGUCGGUAAGAAUAUGAACGUGUGAGCGGUUGAGUUUUAGAGACCAACCAAGAAUCAUUUUAAAGUUUUCUUUUGUAUUUGAAAUGUAAAUAUUUUUCUCUUGGAUUAAAAAAAUUUUCCUGUAACUGCUGAACAGUCAGAAACUUUAAAGCAGUAAAUGAAUUUAUAGAAAGCA